UCGAUGGGGGCGCUAUACUCACCAAAAUCGUACAGAGAAUUCAUAGAAGAAGACAAACACGGAAGCGUCUCAGUGCUUUUGAACUGUGCUGUUUUCUUAACUGUCUGAUCCGAAAUGUGUACUGGUUGUGUGCAGAAACAGUAUCCCGACAGGGGUAAUACCUGUCUCGAGAAUGGGUCAUAUCUCAUGAAUUUCCUCGGCUGCGCAAACUGUCACCAGCGGGACUUUGUGCUGAUCGGUGACAGGACGAUGGUGAAUGAAGAUGAGGAGGAGAUCGUCACUUACCUGCAUAUGUGCAAAAACUGUGAUCAUGUAAUAGCCAGACAUGAGUACACCUUCACUGUGGUGGAUGACUAUCAGGAAUACACAAUGUUGUGUAUGUUGUGUGGAAAAGCAGAGGAUUCCAUCAGUGUGCUGCCAGACGAUCCCAGACAAACAGCUCCUCUCUUCUAGAGUAUUUGCCCAGAUGCAGAGACAGGGAAUUGAAUUCUUUGUAAAGAGCAUGAUGGAGGGAGCCAUGAUAUAUGCAAAGUUUUACAUACUGUACGCUUAGCACUGGAGAACGACACAUUGCCACGUUUAAUCCAGGAGAAUAUUGCAGAAUGCAUCAUGUUCUUUGUUUCUACUGCUUAAAGAGUGGCACUAAGGUUCACAGUGUGGUUCCCACUCAUAAAGAUAAAAUGAGUUUGAGUCAUUUACAAAUAUUAAACAUAAUUAGGUACCAUGGUUUCUUAUGCUUGUGUUCAUCCUAUGUUUGAUUUGUUCACUGUUAAAAGCAAAGUGUUUAUUGUUUCCCAUAGUAAAAUGCCUUUUCCUAUCCAAUCUUAAAGGUGCAAUGUGUACAUUUUAGGAGGAUCCAUUGACAGAAAUACAAUAUAAUAUACAUAACUAUGUUUUCAGUGGUGUAUAAAGUUGUUACAUAAUGAACUGUUAUGUUUUUAUUACCUUAGAAAGAGCCAUUUCUAUCUACAUACACCGCGGGUCCAUUUUGCGGCAUCAGGUUUCUAUCUACAGUAUCCCUAAAUGGACAAACUGCUCUACAGAGCGCGUUUGCUUGACUUGCUUCUCUCUGCUGUUUCAGACAAAGACAUUUUUGUCCUUGGCCACCGUAGCUUCUCUAUAUUGCAAUUCGCAACCUCACCGCAAGAUGCCACUAAAAUUUACACACUGCAAUUCACUCAGCACAACAAUUUUGCUCUGUUGCCAAUUAUAAGAGUUUGCAGUGGAAAUAUCAGACUACCAAAGGAGGUUAGGUUUAAGUGAAUUAGCAAUUUGUUAAUCACAGACAGGAUUUUUGUUACUAUGCAGCACUUACAUAGAACAUGAUUGGUUUAGAUACAUGAAAUGUUUAAAAUGAUGAAAAACCA